AUGAGUAUGAUAUGGAAACAGCAUGGCAUUUUAUUCCCAUCAUCAUCAUCAUCAUCAUCAUCAUCAUCAUCAUCAUCAUCAUCAUCAUCAUCAUCAUCAUCAUCAUCAUCAUCAUCAUCAUCAUCAUCAUCAUCAUCAUCAUCAUCAUCAUCAUCAUCAUCAUCAUCAUCAUCAUCAUCAUCAUCAUCAUCAUCAUCAUCAUCAUCAUCAUCAUCAUCAUCAUCAUCAUCAUCAUCAUCAUCAUCAUCAUCAUCAUCAUCAUCAUCAUCAUCAUCAUCAUCAUCAUCAUCAUCAUCAUCAUCAUCAUCAUCAUCAUCAUCAUCAUCAUCAUCAUCAUCAUCAUCAUCAUCAUCAUCAUCAUCAUCAUCAUCAUCAUCAUCAUCAUCAUCAUCAUCAUCAUCAUCAUCAUCAUCAUCAUCAUCAUCAUCAUCAUCAUCAUCAUCAUCAUCAUCAUCAUCAUCAUCAUCAUCAUCAUCAUCAUCAUCAUCAUCAUCAUCAUCAUCAUCAUCAUCAUCAUCAUCAUCAUCAUCAUCAUCAUCAUCAUCAUCAUCAUCAUCAUCAUCAUCAUCAUCAUCAUCAUCAUCAUCAUCAUCAUCAUCAUCAUCAUCAUCAUCAUCAUCAUCAUCAUCAUCAUCAUCAUCAUCAUCAUCAUCAUCAUCAUCAUCAUCAUCAUCAUCAUCAUCAUCAUCAUCAUCAUCAUCAUCAUCAUCAUCAUCAUCAUCAUCAUCAUCAUCAUCAUCAUCAUCAUCAUCAUCAUCAUCAUCAUCAUCAUCAUCAUCAUCAUCAUCAUCAUCAUCAUCAUCAUCAUCAUCAUCAUCAUCAUCAUCAUCAUCAUCAUCAUCAUCAUCAUCAUCAUCAUCAUCAUCAUCAUCAUCAUCAUCAUCAUCAUCAUCAUCAUCAUCAUCAUCAUCAUCAUCAUCAUCAUCAUCAUCAUCAUCAUCAUCAUCAUCAUCAUCAUCAUCAUCAUCAUCAUCAUCAUCAUCAUCAUCAUCAUCAUCAUCAUCAUCAUCAUCAUCAUCAUCAUCAUCAUCAUCAUCAUCAUCAUCAUCAUCAUCAUCAUCAUCAUCAUCAUCAUCAUCAUCAUCAUCAUCAUCAUCAUCAUCAUCAUCAUCAUCAUCAUCAUCAUCAUCAUCAUCAUCAUCAUCAUCAUCAUCAUCAUCAUCAUCAUCAUCAUCAUCAUCAUCAUCAUCAUCAUCAUCAUCAUCAUCAUCAUCAUCAUCAUCAUCAUCAUCAUCAUCAUCAUCAUCAUCAUCAUCAUCAUCAUCAUCAUCAUCAUCAUCAUCAUCAUCAUCAUCAUCAUCAUCAUCAUCAUCAUCAUCAUCAUCAUCAUCAUCAUCAUCAUCAUCAUCAUCAUCAUCAUCAUCAUCAUCAUCAUCAUCAUCAUCAUCAUCAUCAUCAUCAUCAUCAUCAUCAUCAUCAUCAUCAUCAUCAUCAUCAUCAUCAUCAUCAUCAUCAUCAUCAUCAUCAUCAUCAUCAUCAUCAUCAUCAUCAUCAUCAUCAUCAUCAUCAUCAUCAUCAUCAUCAUCAUCAUCAUCAUCAUCAUCAUCAUCAUCAUCAUCAUCAUCAUCAUCAUCAUCAUCAUCAUCAUCAUCAUCAUCAUCAUCAUCAUCAUCAUCAUCAUCAUCAUCAUCAUCAUCAUCAUCAUCAUCAUCAUCAUCAUCAUCAUCAUCAUCAUCAUCAUCAUCAUCAUCAUCAUCAUCAUCAUCAUCAUCAUCAUCAUCAUCAUCAUCAUCAUCAUCAUCAUCAUCAUCAUCAUCAUCAUCAUCAUCAUCAUCAUCAUCAUCAUCAUCAUCAUCAUCAUCAUCAUCAUCAUCAUCAUCAUCAUCAUCAUCAUCAUCAUCAUCAUCAUCAUCAUCAUCAUCAUCAUCAUCAUCAUCAUCAUCAUCAUCAUCAUCAUCAUCAUCAUCAUCAUCAUCAUCAUCAUCAUCAUCAUCAUCAUCAUCAUCAUCAUCAUCAUCAUCAUCAUCAUCAUCAUCAUCAUCAUCAUCAUCAUCAUCAUCAUCAUCAUCAUCAUCAUCAUCAUCAUCAUCAUCAUCAUCAUCAUCAUCAUCAUCAUCAUCAUCAUCAUCAUCAUCAUCAUCAUCAUCAUCAUCAUCAUCAUCAUCAUCAUCAUCAUCAUCAUCAUCAUCAUCAUCAUCAUCAUCAUCAUCAUCAUCAUCAUCAUCAUCAUCAUCAUCAUCAUCAUCAUCAUCAUCAUCAUCAUCAUCAUCAUCAUCAUCAUCAUCAUCAUCAUCAUCAUCAUCAUCAUCAUCAUCAUCAUCAUCAUCAUCAUCAUCAUCAUCAUCAUCAUCAUCAUCAUCAUCAUCAUCAUCAUCAUCAUCAUCAUCAUCAUCAUCAUCAUCAUCAUCAUCAUCAUCAUCAUCAUCAUCAUCAUCAUCAUCAUCAUCAUCAUCAUCAUCAUCAUCAUCAUCAUCAUCAUCAUCAUCAUCAUCAUCAUCAUCAUCAUCAUCAUCAUCAUCAUCAUCAUCAUCAUCAUCAUCAUCAUCAUCAUCAUCAUCAUCAUCAUCAUCAUCAUCAUCAUCAUCAUCAUCAUCAUCAUCAUCAUCAUCAUCAUCAUCAUCAUCAUCAUCAUCAUCAUCAUCAUCAUCAUCAUCAUCAUCAUCAUCAUCAUCAUCAUCAUCAUCAUCAUCAUCAUCAUCAUCAUCAUCAUCAUCAUCAUCAUCAUCAUCAUCAUCAUCAUCAUCAUCAUCAUCAUCAUCAUCAUCAUCAUCAUCAUCAUCAUCAUCAUCAUCAUCAUCAUCAUCAUCAUCAUCAUCAUCAUCAUCAUCAUCAUCAUCAUCAUCAUCAUCAUCAUCAUCAUCAUCAUCAUCAUCAUCAUCAUCAUCAUCAUCAUCAUCAUCAUCAUCAUCAUCAUCAUCAUCAUCAUCAUCAUCAUCAUCAUCAUCAUCAUCAUCAUCAUCAUCAUCAUCAUCAUCAUCAUCAUCAUCAUCAUCAUCAUCAUCAUCAUCAUCAUCAUCAUCAUCAUCAUCAUCAUCAUCAUCAUCAUCAUCAUCAUCAUCAUCAUCAUCAUCAUCAUCAUCAUCAUCAUCAUCAUCAUCAUCAUCAUCAUCAUCAUCAUCAUCAUCAUCAUCAUCAUCAUCAUCAUCAUCAUCAUCAUCAUCAUCAUCAUCAUCAUCAUCAUCAUCAUCAUCAUCAUCAUCAUCAUCAUCAUCAUCAUCAUCAUCAUCAUCAUCAUCAUCAUCAUCAUCAUCAUCAUCAUCAUCAUCAUCAUCAUCAUCAUCAUCAUCAUCAUCAUCAUCAUCAUCAUCAUCAUCAUCAUCAUCAUCAUCUUAUUCUAUUCAAACUAUAAUUCAGAUCUGGUUUGUUAGUUUUUCACUGAAAGUUCAUUUACAAUAA